AUGGGAUUCCUCGCAUCGUCCGACUCGGAUGGCGAGAGCUACGUCGACGCGGAGCAGCGCUGUCCUCUGAUGCUGUGUCUGGUGCUUUUGGGCUCAUCUGGCGUUGGCAAGUCGGUGCUCGUCCUCCUUCUCUGCGCGCACCUUGCCGUGUACCACGAUUACCAUAUCCUCCUCGCGCGGGCCGGCACGACCGACCACACGUCGGACGUGAUCACGUGGUUUCGGGGCGUCUACGUCACGACGCACACGCUCUCGAACCGAAGCGACUUGGCGCCUCUGGUCACUGCCUUCUUGUUUGAGAACGAAGGCACCAACCCAAAGUUUCUGAUCGUCGCCGACGACUACUCGCUGUGGACUGUCCGCUACGAGGCGCCACUGGCUCCCUUUCGCAACCACCACGUGCUUUUGGUCUCGCCGUCGCACGAUAUACCGGACCCCGACGUGGCAUUUUAUACCAUGCCGGAAGGGGGAUGCCGAGUGCGGCCGUACCGGUCCAACGUGCGCACCGUCUUGCGAUGUGCGUACUCUGGCGGCAACGUGCGCCUGUUUGGCACGUCGCCCGAGCUGCACCCGCUCGGCAUGCAAGCCCUGGAUUACGUCAAGGACGUGACCAAGUACAAGUACUAUGUGCUCGCUGACUUGAACGAGGACGUGGUCGACGCCCGCGUCCUCCUCCGGCGGAUGAUGUCAAUCACGCCUGCAAAGCGCUUUGCUGCGUUGCUCGCGUCGACGGAAACAUCGACGAAUGCGUCGCUGCACAGCCUCCACUUUGAAGCAUUGAUCCACAAGCUGGCGUCGGACGGUAUGCUCGAGCUAUCUAUCGCACUGUUGUUGCCGUUGGUGGUGGCGGUGCGCGUCAAGGUCGUAUCGCGUGGAGAGACAAGAGGCGCCUGCCUUGCGUACCUCGCGACCGCCUUGGGGAAUGCGACGUACUGGUUGCCUCACGGUACGGCGUCGUUUAACGCGGUCGAUGCCAUCUUUGUCCAAGAUCGGUGCGUCUACACGUACUAUCUCAAGACGGCCGUGGAUCAGGACGAAAUGAGCAUUGACUGGGCGUUGCUACGGACCAUCUACGCGGCGGUGACCACCAACCCAAACGUCGCUGGCUACGCGCAUAUCUACGUGCUCGCGACGCCACCAGGAAGACGUUGGGGUGACGACAUAGCACGGAGCCAGAUUCGCGGGCUUUGUGUCUGCACCUCGGCGUCCGAGACGCCGCGCGCCGUGAGCAUAUGCUUUGUCUUCUUCAUCGUAGACCCGACUCGCCCGAAGUACCAUGGUACUGUUGCUGUAGGUCUUUUACCCGUCACGCCACUGCUUAGCGUUUAA